CUCCACGGGACCGCUCAAUUUCGAAAAUGGCGCCACUUCCGGGUUGUUCACGCUAGAAGAAACACUUCUGACAAAAAUACGGCACUUUGCGACGUUUUAAGCCCCUUCGGCAUGUUUGUUGAUUUAUAGACAAUAUUUGAACAAUUAACUAUCCAAAGACGAUGAACUUUUCUGACCUCUUCCAACAAACAAACGGCCUGUGCCUGUUUUCCCCAAAUGGAAAAUACUUGGCCAACUGUGUGCAGUACCGUCUGAUCGUGCGUGACGUCAGGACUCUGCAGAUCCUGCACCUGUACACCUGUCUGGACGCCGUGCAGCACCUGCAGUGGUCACCUGACUCACAGUUCAUCCUCUGUGGCAUGUUCAAGAGGGGGAUGACUCAGGUGUGGUCCAUAGAUCAGCCUGAGUGGACCUGUAAGAUAGACGAGGGAUCAGCAGGGCUGGAGUCUGUCUGUUGGAGCCCCGACAGUCGCCACAUCCUUACCUUCGCUAACUUCCAGCUGCGCAUCACGGUCUGGUCUCUCAUCAACAAGUCUGUCUCCUACAUCAAGUACCCCAAGCAGGGCAAGAAAAUGUUAGACUUCACCCGAGAUGGUUCGUACAUGGCCCUGGCGGAGAGGAGAGACUGUAAGGACUACAUCAGUGUCUUCUCCUGUAAACAGUGGCAGCUUAUGAAGGUGGGUAAUAUGGCUACCCCUCUCUCCCUCUUCCUAGACAACAUGCCGUGUGCGCUGUGGAUCUGGGACAUCCGACAGUUGGCACAGGUGGCCAUCCUGCUGCAGGCAGCGCCUGUCAAACAUGUGGAGUGGGACCCCUGUCAGCCCAGACUAGCCUUCUGUACAGGCACCAACAAAGUCUACAUGUGGUCACCUGCAGGGGCCUUGUCUGUGGAUGUACCUGUCGAAGCGUCCUUCCUAGUGCAGUCCCUGAGAUGGCACCCAGAGGGCGGCGCUGUACUGCUCAUGGGAAGGGAGAACAUGUGUAUGUGCUUCAUCGACCGUGAAAAGAACAGGUGACAAUAACUUUCAAGAAGAGAUGGAUCACACAACUGUCAAUCACAAGGCAUAAUGUUAGAUGUGUAUACAUAGUAAUAUAUAUGAUAUUGUUUGGUAUAUGUAGGCAACAUCCUAAUAAGUAACAUGCAAGUUUUGCAGACUAGAUGGACUGUAUGAACGUUUAAAUGACAGCUUUAUUGACACACACAGAAAAAAAUACACAUAAAUAGAUAAAGAACAUAUGCUUAGAAUACUUAGAACAUUCAAACUAUGCUUACAGUAAUGUGUGUUGUACAAAAUUGGGGUAACGUUAUAUAGCUUUGGUACAUUCAAGGGCAUACAUGUAGCAUUGUUUGGCAGUCUUGCAUUUGACAUUGAGAAGUGAAACAAAAUUUGAGAGCAAAAUUAUACUUGUACAUGUAUUACAAAACAUAAACACAUCAUCUGUAAUCUGACCACAAAAGAUUUCAUAUAAAAGUUCUAUAACUACAGUUACUGUAAAUAUAAUGUGUAUAUUAUUCUGCCAUUGCUCUUUGUUUUUCCUAUAAGUAUGUAUACAUGUACAAAAUAUGCUGAAUGUGCUGUAGUCAUUUUCAUCCUAGAAUAACUCAUGAAAAACAGGCUUUACAGUAAACAUGGUUAGCAGUUGAAUAACAAAAUUAAUGUAUGUAUCAUUGUAUGUAUGUGCUAUCUUUUAAAAAAU